GCUGCCGCGUACCGGCAGUCUGCGUGUAACUGCGCGUAACUGUGUCGUGUGUUUGUUGUGAAUAGUUCGUUCUUUUUAUCUAUCCAUUGAGACGAGUAUUUAAGACGAAUACAUUCGGCAUCUUGGCAGAAACGACGCCGGUCGCAGAAUGGAGAACGUUUCCGUGUCCAAGGGAAUUUUUGCUUACAAAGGAAGUUACAAAAUCGGCAAAAAGAAAAACAAAGUUCCAUGCCCGGAAUAUUUCAACGAGCCCUGGUAUACAGCGUAUAAUGAAACGUGGAGAUAUAUCGAACAAGCUGCAGAGAAUGUAAGGUCGAAAAUGUUUCAAGAAGUGAUGUCCAAUUUGGAGUUUUUUGUGUCAAAAGUAAAAGCGACUCCUUUGAAUACGACGUCACACGAAAUAAACACGGCUAUUUUAUUAACAGGAGUUAAUGUUCCCGAUCACACGACACUUUUCGAUGCAGCAGUAGCCAAACUUAGCAAGAUAACGUCGCACAUAGCAGUAUUGUGGAGCAGAAGUUGUAACGGUGUGAAAGGCAUAAUUGAGGACACUGUAUAUCAAUUUGUCCACAAAUCGGAAUUGGAUGAUGUUUCCGAAGUGCGUAAGAGUCAGUGCACUUUGCGCGUCUUGAAAGAAUGGUUUGCGGAACAUCAUGACAAAGAGGAUCCCUUAAUCGUAAUUUUACCGGAUUUUGAAAGCUUUUCCACUAAUGUUCUACACGAUUUCAUCCUGGUGUUGAGUUCGUACAGAAAUACAUUGAAGUUCGUACUUAUAUUUGGUGUCGCAACCUCGUUGCACGUCGUACACAGAUCGCUAACGUAUGAUGUCACGUCAAAGUUGAUAGUGCAGGUAUUUUAUACGCAAACACAAGUCAAAACACUAGCCGACGUGCUGGAGAACACUGUUUUCUCCUCAAAAAUUCCAUUCAAAUUAAUUGGCCGCGCGUUUCAAUUGUUGACCGAUAUUUUUUUGUUCUACGAUUUUUCGGUAGAUAAUUUUUUACAAAAUUACAAGAUAUGUAUGAUACAACACUUUUACGACAAUAAUACCACUUUCCUUUGUUGUAAACCGAAAAACAUCAAGAAGAGAAUAUCGACACUUACUGACGAAAAUAUCGCGGACAUUAAAAAUUUACCAUCUAUCGCUAAAUAUUUAAAGAUGUCUGGCGAAGUAAAGAAUGAAAAUAAUACACUCAGCAAUGUGGAAUUCAAGGAAUUACUGGAAACGUUGUUGAACAAAUUUCACAAAUUUAUGGAUCAGUUUUUAAUUAUUUUAAGAUGUUUACACUGCAUGGUUGCAUCAUUGCCAGGCUCACCAAUGGGCAAACAGUUGCGGGAAGUUUACACGAAAGCGGUUUACACGAGUAAUCUCACCGAGUCUUCAGAAUAUAAAGAAUGUAUAAAAUUACUGGGAUUUUUGUCGAAAGAGGAACUUCUCUUGAAACUCGAAUCUAUCUCAAAGAUUCUCGAGGAUUCCCAAGAUUCGAUCAUCAAAAAGAUUAAAACCGACCUGGACGCUCACAUUAAGACGAUCAAAGAAGCCAGUUUAGAUACGCAGAAAGCUUCUUCCGAAAUCGUUAGUGUGAAUGAGAAACUUAGUCGUCUGCAACUAAAAGAGAAAUUGCUUAGAAUGAGUCAGCAACAGUCGCGCUCCGCCUACAAGCAGGCGCAGCACGAUUUAAUCGAUUACCUUGAUCGAGAGGUAUUCUCCGCGCAGCUGAUUGACCCGAGUCGCGUGACAGCCCACGAGAUAUUCUGCUACAGCGACGGGAACCAGGCGAAGCAUCACAUCCGCGGCUCUUUGAGAGCCGCCGUACACACGGGAUUGAGCGAUCCGCAGAUGUAUCUAGACUGCGACUGCUGCAAAUUGGAGAACGACGACGACAUUCCGCGCACGCUCCCCGACCUGAGUAUAAUUUAUAAGCUGCACUUGGAGUCCAGGAAGCUGAUCAAUAUGUACGACUGGCUGCAGGCGUUCCUAACGAUUGCGGAUCCGGAAACUCAGUCGACGGAGCAGCGCGACGUGGAUCCGCGACUACAAGCUCGGUUUACUCAAGCGGUCGCCGCCCUGCAGUUCCUCGGCUUCAUCAAGACUUCUCGAAGGAAAACGGAUCACGUAAAGCGCCUUACGUAACAACAAUAUCGCGCGUUUGAUUGUUUGCCUUGUUUGCUCGUAUGCAACUUGUUAUGCAUGCGUCAUGCCUGAACGUGUACUUUCCAGUUAUUUUGUUUUGUACCGUUUAUACGGAUUUGUACUAUUUAUAUGAAUAAAACAAUACAUCACGAAUGAAUAAAACAAUAUGAA